GAGGCGGGGCGAUGACGUAGGCAGGAGGAGAGGGCGGGUAGCGGAUAUAGGGCAGCGGUAGCGGGCGAGCCGGGAGCGCGAACCGGACCGAGAUGGAGCGAGUGGUGCUGGUGACGGGAGCCAGCGGCGGCGUGGGGCUGGCGUUGUGCCGGCGGCUGCUGGGGGAGGAUGGACGCAUCCACCUGUGCCUCGCCUGUCGCAACACCCAGAAGGCAGAGGCCACGCGGGACCUGGUGCUGCAGGAGUACCCCGCCGCGCAGGUCUCCACCGUGGAGGUAGACCUGGGCAACCUGGCCUCCGUGCUGCGUGCUGCGCAGGAGCUGCGCUGCAGGUUCCAGCGCCUGGACUUUGUCUACCUCAAUGCCGGCAUCAUGCCCAACCCUCAUGUGAACUUCAAGGCCCUGUGGAAGGGGCUCCUGACCGGGAAGGUGCUCCAUAUGCUGACCACUGCAGAAGGCAUCAUGACACAGACAGACAGACUGAAUGGGGACGGGCUGCAGGAGGUGUUUACCACCAACCUCUUUGGGCACUUCAUCCUGAUUCGUCAGCUCGAAUCUCUGCUCUGCGGUAAUGAAAAGCCAUCACGACUCAUCUGGACCUCCUCCAGCAAUGCAAGGGAAUCUGCCUUCAGCCUGUCUGACUAUCAGCAUGCCAAGGGGCAGGAAUCAUACAGUUCCUCCAAAUAUGCCACUGACCUGACAAGUGUGGUUCUGAACAGGAAAUUUAAUAAGCAGGGUCUGUAUUCCAGUGUUGUUUGUCCUGGCCUCGUUAUGUCCAAUAUGACCUUCCGAAUUUUGCCAGUUUUUCUGUGGGUGCUGCUGAUGCCCAUCAUGUUUUUGAUACGUUUCUUUGCCAAGACUUACACUCUGACACCAUAUAAUGGAGCAGAAGCUCAUGUGUGGCUGUUCAAGCAGAAGCCAGAAUUCCUGGAUCCACUUGUCAAGUACCACAGCUGUACCUCUGGACUGGGGAAGAACUUUGUGGAGCCUAGAAAGCUUGAUGUGGAUGAAGAAACUGCUGAGAAAUUUUACCAGAAGCUGUUGGAACUGGAGGAGCAAACUCUAGAGAAAUAUGGUGAUCUCCUAGAUUAAAUAAAACUCAUUCUCAGUGA